CUGCCCAGGGAAUGAUGUUGAACUGCUUCACACUGUUAGCGGAAGGAAGAAAACGUUGUGUAAACAAUUUUAUCUUGAUGAGAAAAGCUACAUGGCUUCAUCUCCGCCCAGGAUCACACCCACCCAUGUCAGCAGCCUCAAAACCCCCAACAAACAGCUGUCACUGACUACAUCGAGGGCAGCCGACUUUGUUGUUUUCUUUUCUUUUCUUUCUUUUUUCUUUUAAAGAUAACACGUUUCAUCAGCAAAAUUCAGAAGGAAACUCGCACACACACCAGUGAUGGUUGUUGUAAGGAGGCUCUGACGAGCAGAAUGGCUUUCCACAGUCAGGGGAUGAUGGAGCACAUUUCAUUCGUCCGUCCGCUGGCUCUCCACAGCAUCUCCAUGGACAACAGCGGAGCGCACUGUCAAGACGCGCUUCGCCUCGGACUGCCCUGCCACCUGGACGCCUACUUUGAUCCCGUGCACGGACAGAGAUUACCCUGCAGACGAUUCUCCUACAUCCCCUUUCACGGACCCCUCGGUGUGUGCGAUUACUCUUUCGAGCCCGCGUUUAUCCGGAAAAGGAACGAACGGGAACGACACCGGGUGCGCUGCGUAAACGAGGGUUACGCGCGCCUCCGGGAGCACCUGCCUCACGAGUUCGACGACAAACGGCUCAGCAAAGUGGAGACGCUGCGUGCGGCCAUUGACUAUAUCAAACACCUCCAGAGCCUGCUGGAUGUAAACGUCUCCGGGGUGGAGGUAUCACUCGGAGGGGCGCGCAAACUCGAGCGGCUACAGCAGAGCUCGGAGUGCACUAGCGAUGGAGAAACCCAAACCAGCCUAAGCGAAAGCGGGGAUGUUGUUUAAAUAGCCCUGCCUGUCACUCAGACCUGCUGUGUAUGAUCAAAGUGUAAAAAGGAAAAAGGGACAGUAAAGAUGAGCUGUAAUUAUUAUUGAGUCAUAUUAUUUUUAUAUCAUGCAGUCAAUGAAAUAAUAAUGUCUUUCUUCACUUUCGGAUAAGGUACAUGUUACAAAAUAAUCCCAGCUCAUUUAUGUCAUCAUUAAAUUGAGGUUUGUUUGUUUUUUGUUUUUAAAUCAUUAACGUUCAAUUAUUUUUUUUGCCACAUGUUACAAGCUCUUUGUGGUUGAAAAGUAUCAACAAGGUUAGUGAGCUUGCUUUUAACUAAAACAUAACCCCCUUGCGAAAUGUUUACAAGUCACUUCUUUAGAGAGACUUUAGAGCAAGGGUGUCAUACAUAAGGCCAGGGGGCCAGAAUUGGCCUGGCAAAGACUCAAAUCUACCCCAAUGAGCGCUUUGGAAAUUAUAAGCAAGUGCAUAGAUUUUGAACUUUUAACUGUAACUUUUCAUAACGUUUACAGCUUUUUCUUUGGAUAAAGACUUCCCCUUUUUCCAUUCAUACUACACCCAAAUGAUAUGUAACAGAUAAAAUGACAAAGGUUCCUGUUUAUCCACUAUAGAAAUUUAAGUUUGCUUGUGUUUUUUUUAAUAGCUACCGUAAUCGCAUACAGUACAGUAAUAGCUACCAGAGCUUUUUCUGUAAUUUAACAUAUUCAACACUUCUUUUUCUUAUACUAAUACAUCUCAGGGAUUAAAUGUUUAGCUAAAUGUCUUUCCACUGAUGGAAAGGGGAAUUUUAACAGGUCCAGCCCAAAUAACAUGUGUGUAUCUGGCCUAUGUCCAACUUUGCUGUGUCAGAGUCCCAUUUUUAUCCAUCCUUCUGCCAUCUUAACUGCUUAUUUAAUUCAAUGUCACGGAGGAGCUGGAACUUAUUCCACCUUUUAUUGUGGAACCUCGGGGUGCACAUCACAUGUUGACAGUCUCUUUGCUCCCCGGUUACUUUGAAAUGUUUUCCUCAGUUUUAAAGCGCUGGAUUUAGAUACAAAUAAACGGUUUCCAUUAUGUAAGUUAAAAAAUAAUGGCUUUCCCGUGCACAGGUCUAAGGUGGCAUGUACAAUCAUGCACUGAAUGAUUAAGCAACUCAAAAAAUCUGCUGUUUGGACUUUUCUGAGCCUCGCGCAUGGGCAGUUUGGUUGUGCAAUCAGAAAACCUUAUUCCAUCUAAUCAAUGGAAUAAGGUGAUGCUAUCAUUCUGCUUUGACACACAAGGUUUCUAUUGAGUGGAUUUUAUUCUCUUUGGUUUGUUAUGUAACAACAACACGCUCUGUCUCAUCUUGUUUCAAGAACGAGCGGCUAUUGAUAUAUUCAUAAAAAAAAUGGGAGAAAUGCAAUCUCAAAUCUGCUCCUGAACUAGUUAAGUAAAUAAAUGUAUUUAUAUAACACUUUUUACAAAUAAAAAUCACAACAAAACCAGAAAUAAAAAUUAAGUAAUAAUAUAAAACAAUAAGUUGAAAACAUAAAACAACUAACCACUUUAGUUGUCAUUAAAGUGGUUAUUUAACUGCGUUUGAACUUGCCGCACAUUAAUAUCAGCUCAAGAAUUCAGUUAGUCUUCUGAUAUAUUUGUAACUAUGAAAACGCUUUUGGCCAUGACAGAAAAUUGAGGAUUUUUACUUUGCUGUUGCUUCUCUGUUGUAACUGUAGCCCUUCUGAUAAGCCCUUUUUCUCCCACCCUGACUGCUGAGAAUCUUGCGCUAAAGGCCAUUUGCUGCUCAGUGUUCACUGUGGACAAAAACCUUCUUAAGCCAAGCCUGAAGAUGAACAGUAAUCAAUGAUGACAUCUACCUUGUCAUUUGUAAGCUGUGAAUUCUGAGUGUUUUAUCUCACUGCUUUAUGUAUGAGCUGACAAUACCAAGGUACUCUUUUUUUUUCGCUUUUUUUUUUCUGGCAUUUAACUUUUAUUUUUUGUAAUAAAUAUUCAGCAUUGUCAAGCAGUUUGUGCAGUGUAGAUUAGCACAGUUGAUUUUUUUGGCAGUGUGAAAUGGUAGUUUGCAAAACUGUGCUUUUAAAGCAGUUUUCCAAGCACUCCUUAAGCAUGAAGCAUCCAUUCAGAAGAAAGUAUCUCUCUCUUUUUCCUUUUUUUGCACCUAAAUGUUCUUCAAAGACCACCUACCUACUUAAUAUCUCAUGGUACUCAGGAAGUUUUUGCCCUCUAAUAUCUUGAGGAAUGCAUUUAUCAGGGAACCCUCAGCUUCAUAAGAGGAAACUCUAGAAACAUUCGUCUCUACUUCUACUAUUUGCAUGUUUAUGCUCCCAACCUCCGCUGGCCUGCAUGGAAACAGCCCCUUUCUCGUUUUCUGUAAUACCAAAACCACAAAUUUACCCCCAAAAAGUAAACAUUAGUGAUAUUGUAUACAGUUAAAGGGGAUUUGGAAAGCCCUGCAGAGUGCAGGCCAACUGAACCGUGCAGAUAGGGGAGAAUGGCAUUGAUUUCCACUAAAGCAUGACAAACCCUCAACAAAAGGCGUUUGGUAGUGCAGUAUGUGAAUUAGACCCAAUAAUUAGCCAAGUGCUGGUACUCUGCGCUUGAUGGUUCAGCGGCACUCUAAAGAUGGAAAACAUGAAGCUACUACUGAAGCUACUAAAGCUUCUGCCAUAAUGGAUGUUUUCUUUCCUGAAGUACACAGGCAGAUUCUAAUCGGAUUCCUGCACAGAUUCCUUGGAUCCACCUCUCUAUUUCAGUGUGAAAUUUGUUGCCUAUGUGUGCGUGAGA